AUGCGCGUACAGACAGACUCAUUCUUUCUAUCGAUUCAACUUUUUUUUUCUCUUUAUCUCUUCUACUCCUGGAAUCUUGUCUUUCUUUUUCUUCCUUAUCUUUUUUCAGUCACUUUUUUUUCUUUUUCGAUUUUCAUUUUCUUCUUUUUACAAUCCGCCACUUUGCAACUUUCCAUCACUUACUUGUGUUCUUUCUUUCGCUUUUUUUUCCUUUCUUCUCACUCAUGCAAUCUUUCUCUCUCUCUAUCUCUCUUUCUUUCUUUGUAUUCAUUUUUCUCUAUCUCUCUCUAUUUCUCUCUCUCUUUUCUUCUCUCACACUUUUCUUUACUCUUUCUCUUCCGCGCUCAUAAUUUUCUGUCACACCCUUCUACAUCAAAAUUUUCUUUUUGUCCAACCCCUUUUCUAAUUAUCUCUCCUACUGUCUUUCGUGUAUUCACUGUCUCCAUAAAAACAUCUCUCUCUCUCUCUCUCUCUCUCUCUCAUUUUCUAAAUCUCACCUACACAUACAUUUCUUUUUAA